AUGCCUAAAAAGAGCAAAGUCAACAAAUUGGCUCGCAUGUCUGAUGAAGAGCGUGCCAGAUACUUGCAACAUAGAGCCGAUGUAGAAGAAGAAGCAAGGAGAAGGAAAAGAGAACUUGUGGCCAGAUUCAUUAAGAACAAAUUAGACAAAGAAGAAGCUUUCGCUAAAUUAAAUACGGCGAAGAUUAACCAAGAAUGGCGAUUCAUUUUACGAAAGGUGAAAUGCAAACAAAUGACGUCAGAUAUUCAGGGUAUGAUGAGCAGUUUCAACUUUUUAGUUGAAAGAAAAAACCGGUUACUGAAGGCUUUGAUGCAAUCAAUAGAAGACUCUGAUGAACAACACCGCAGAGCCUUUCAAGCUCACACGGAAACUUUAAGCUACUUCCUAAAAGUGGGAACUAUAAGACUGGACAAACUUCAAUCGGAUUAUGAACAACAAAAAGAUAAGUUUCUAGAAAAUUGGGAUACCGAAGAAUCGGAUAUUACGGAGAAUCAGGAAAAAGCGGACUUCAAACUAAUUCUUAUUACGUAUAUCCAAAACGAGGAAUUUAACAAUUACAAAAAGAGAAAUGAAAUAGAGAGAGCUACAGUGAAAAACGUAUCGCGUCUUGAGCAUGAAGAAGAGAUGUCCAAUCUGUGUAAGCCUAAGCAAUUAGAAAUAGAAACUUACUAUGGGAAACUACGCGACGUUUAUAACACAUACAUAGAAAAACACAACCCAAUAAUGGGACAUUACUUGACGCUACAAGAAAAAGAUGAAUUCUAUCAAAAUGAUAUUGCAAAGAACAACAUUCUGAUACAACAGUCAAUGGCUAUGUUGACGAAUUUACAAAACGAAUGGUUGAAAACAUCGAACGCGUUGAACUGCAAGCUGUCUCGUAUGAGCGAUCAUAAGGAGACCCUGUCCAAGCAGUACUGGCUGAUGAAGAAGGAAACUAAGCUAGCUCGAGCUAAAGAAGAAGAAAUGCUAGCGGUUUUAGUCGAUUCAAGCCAAGAUGCUAUAAAGAGGCUCCAAGAAUUCCAUGAUAAAUUAAGUAAAAUACAGUUGCUAGCCAAUAUUUGUAGCAAAUAUGAACAAGAGGCUGAUAAUCUUCUCUUAGAAGAGAUAGAAGAUACUGCAUCCAAUGCAAAUUUUGAAGCUAUGGACGACACCAUGAUCGAGGAAUGUCGCAUGUAUAAAAAAUUUGACAAGUUCCUACUGAAGAUGAAUAGGGUGAAAGUUCAAACUAUGUGCUUGAAAGCUGAGAAGGUAAAGUUGUCCAAAGAAAAUGCACAAUUAAAACAAUACAUCAAGAGAUACCUCACAGAAUUAGCGCUGAAAGGAGAUAAAGACAGGCCCGCUAGUGUCAGGAUACAAUCAGAAAUGGAUAAGAUUGAUAGUAAAAUAACUCGACCAGUAACAUGUGUUGAAGGAGCACUUUGUAAUGCCGUAAUGCAUGAAAAGAGAAUGAAGUUACAACAAAAGAAGCAAAAAGAAAUAGGAGGAAUAAGAGCAUAUCCUCGGGUAUAUUGCUGGUAG